CAGUGACAAACUGCAGGAACUCCUCCAAAGUCACCAUGUGUUGCUCUUCACCCUCUUCUCCAUCAAUGAAGAUAAGAGGUUCACCAGUUCUCUUGGUGGGUAUCAUCGUCGUUCAUCUCGUUUCGGUUGGCCCUAGGAGGGGCAACGGUAUCGUUCGGUCGAGCCAUACUGUCCACGAUCAUUGUAUCGGUCGGUACUCGGUAUCAAUCUGAUUCGUUCAGUCGGUUGGUGUGCGGGACGCACUACUAUGGCUUGAGAUUCGAUAAUAUGUCACGGGCUCGGACCAGUAGACAUUAACGAAUUGAUAUUCCUA